GCCAACACACAUCCGGAAGUUUAUUUUGGAAUUUUCCCAACCGGAAACUCCUGUUUUACUUGUUAAACAUCGGACAAAUUUUACAAUAAAUAUUUUUCUUUUUUUUUUUUAAACCACAAACCAUAAUUUAUAUCUGAAGAGGUUUUGACAGAAUAUGAACCACGACAACCAUACAUGAUAUUAGUGUACAGCCUGCCGGAAAACAGGAAGUAGAAGAAUACACAUUUACUCUGAAAUUCCCGAACCGGAAACUCAGGUGUUUCUCUAGGACAAACAUUGAGGAAAAGUUUCCUUUUCUCCCGUUUUUAAUCUAAGGAUUUGUGUUUGUAAACCCGAAAUAAUCAAAAGUGUGUGCAUUUUGACUUGUUAGAAAAGAAAACGUAAAGUUAUUGGAGCCAUUUUAAGUGCGUGACAGGUAAUGUCGGUAGGAUUUACCUGUCUACCUCAGAGUGAAAGUACGGGACCGACCCACCUUGUCGUUCUUUCGAAAUGAAGUUUUGUACUUUUUUACUCUACUCCAUUAAUUUCUUCAAUCUGGUGACUACUGCACCCCUACAGUACGCACUUGAGGGAACAAACAUCACUUUAAAGACGGGCAUCAACGCACAAGACCCUCCUGAUGAAAUGCUGUGGAAACACAAUGGCAACAAAGUGGUUGAGUUCAACGGGCAGCAGCAGCUCGAGUUCAGCCCGUUUAAAAACAGGCUCACUCUGAACUGGCACACCGCAGACCUGGAAAUAAAAAAUCUCCAGGACAAAGACAGCGGAGAUUAUCUUUUGGAAGCAUUUAGUAAAACAAUUUUGAAAAAGUACCCUUUUACACUGCAGGUUAUUGAGCCGUUACCAAAGCCUUCCAUAUCCUGUGUGACCAACGGAGAAGGAAACGCAACGCUGACGUGCUCUGCAGAGGUCAAGAGGCCAGAGUCCAGGUCUAACCUGGAGUUCAGCUGGGUUCCACCUGGGAAAGAACAGUCAAGUCAAAAGUUAGAAAUAAAGCUUGGAGGCCAAAUGAACAGUGAGGUGUACGAAUGUACAGUAAGAAACCAAAAAUCGGAGGAAUCUGCCUCCUUCACUGCAAAGGACUGCUAUCCUGCUAAGGAUAGUCCGGCUGGACUGAUCGUUGGCAUUUGUGUUAUACUCCUAGUUCUUGUACUUAUAGGAUUGUUCUUCCUGUACAGAAAAGGUUCUAUUUGUAAAAAAGAUGCUAAUACUGGUCAUUACGAUGAGGAGAAACAGGCAGCGUCUGGUGGUGCCAUUGUCAAAGAAGGUAACGGAGGGAAGAAAGAAGAACACAAGCACCUUCUGGGACGAGAAGAAACUAUGCCCUCCAAUCAACCACUGCCCCAAUGGAAAAUACAGGAUGAGUCCAAGAAAGACACUAAAGAAGAUUUGGAAGAAACCCAGAACACCAAAGCAAAUCCUCCUGUCGCUGCAAAGCCAAGUCGAGCCUCAUUCACCCACAGAGGAGACAAGAUCCCUCCUGAUAACUUUAUAAGAGAGUUAAAUCAGAGCGUUCGACAACGCAAUUCGGAGAAACAGCAGCAGGAGAAUCCUUCAACUCCUUCACAACCACCUUUGAAGCCCAGUCGCUCUAUGGUUCAAACUCCAAAGAUCCAAUCACACUCAGAGGAAGGUGAAGUCAAUGGAGAUGCAGAGGAAGAAGGUCCAGAGAACAAACCUCCGUUCUAUGAGAAGGCGACUGAUGUAAAACCAGAGGAGAUCCAGCAUGAGGUCUCUCCAUCUCCUCUCCAACCUCCUUUGAAGCCCAGUCGCUCUAUGGUUCGUACUCCAAAGAGCCAAUCACACUCAAAGGAAGAGGAAGUCAAUGGAGAUGCAAAGGAAAAAGGUCCAGAGAAUGAGCCUCCACCCACUGAGAAGACCUCUGAUGUAGAACCAGGUCCAGAGAAGAACAUCCAUCCCCCUCUUUUUCCAGUGUCUGUAGAGGUGCACAGCCCUUCCACGUCUGACACAGAAAAGCCAAACGAAAAGGAGCUUAUCAAAGACACAGAAACAAAAGUUUCAGAGAGCGAUCCUCCUGGUCCUAAGCAGAAAACGGAUGCAGACUCUGAUUCAGAGAAGAACGAGAAAGUUUCAUCUCCACCGUCUGUGCUGCCAAAGACAAACCACGCUUCAGUGAACCGUAAAGAAAGCAACGAACCUGCAGAGAAAGAGGAAAAUCCAGAAGAAAACGCUUCAGGAAUCGAUCCUUCUGUCCCGGAGAAAACACCAGAUGUGUCGUCGGAUUCACAGAAAAACGAGAAAGUUUCAUCUCCUCCGCCUGUGGCGCCAAAGACAAAGCGCAUUUCAGUGAACCGUAAAGAAAGUAACGAACCUGCAGAGAAAGGUGAAAAUCCAGAAGAAAACGCUUCAGGAAUCGAUCCUCCUGUCCUGGAGAAAACACCAGAUGUGUCGUCGGUGACCAUCAAAGAAAGCAACGAACCUGCAGAGAAAGCUGAAAAUCCAGAAGAAAACGCUUCAGGAAUCGAUCCUUCUGUCCCGGAGAAAACACCAGAUGUGUCGCCGGACUCACAGAAGAACAAGAAAGUUUCACCGCCUGUGCCCCCAAAGACAAAGCGCGCUUCAGUGACCCGUAAAGAAAGCAACAAACCUGCAGAGAAAGCUGAAAAUCCAGAAGAAAAUGCUUCAGGAAUCGAUCCUUCUGUCCCGGAAAAAACACCAGAUGUGUCGUCGGGGCCUGACGUGUCGGAAGACGAGCAUAAACAGCCAGAGUUCAGUUCUGACUCCAGCGUUUCUGCCCCUGCCGGGCCGCCCGCUUCACCUUUGACCCAAAAGGUUCCGAAGACGCCUCCAAACAAGGCCGCCGAGCGAGAAGAAGAUGGCAGCACGGAUCAAGCGUCUGCGGAGCCAAUAGAGAAAAAGGCCGAAGAGCCUCAACCUAAAGACUUGGAGAGAACAAACAAAGCGGUCAAUGAGGUAAAAACACCAGCACCCCCCACCCCCCCAGGAGCACAAACAGGAGCCGAGGAAGAUGAGCAGGUUCCUCCUGCUGAAGAUGAUGAUGACACCCCGAAAAAGAAUGGUCAUGAACUGGACCCACCCCUCGAUGAGGAAACAAAUGAGACCUACAAAACCCCCCCAAACUCCCCAGAACUAAAACACCCCAAACCCGAGUCUGACAGCAGCACCGAGAGAGAAGAGGAUGAAGGAAAAGCAGCAAAAUAUCCACAGUGAACGUUUAAUGACUAAAAUCUUCAUAUGUCACUGUAAAAAGCUGAAUGACAUAGAGACACUUCUGUUAAAAUGAUGAAAGAUUUAACAAAUGUAUCCAAGACAGAAAAAUAUUUUAGGAUUUAUCUUUUUUUACACCACAUUUGUCUCUGUUUUUGUACAUUUUUGGUUUUCAGGACAGAUAUUUACAUCGAAAAAGAAAAAAAACAGGCAAACUUAGUUUAAUGCAUCAGACCAGAAAUGUGCUGUAAAGGAUAAUCCUGAAAUAAGUAUAAACGUUUUUCCACACUAAAAAAAAACACUAAAAAUUCUGUUGGUCAGCUUUGAAAUACUUGGUGCUUUUAUGUUCAGUAAAAUAUGUAAAAAGUUAAUUUUGGAAAUUUGUUAAAGUAUUUUCUGUUGCAUUCUGUGAAAAUAGGAAAAUGUUUAUUCCCUAUAGUUGUAUUUUUUUUAAAUAUAGACUUCUAUCAUCCAUGUUUGAUUAAAAUACUAAUAUACAAACUAAAAUAGAAACCGAUAUUGAAUCAUUUUAAAAAUGUAGUAUUUCUUUUUCUGCACUGAUGGUUUUUUUUAAGAAAACCAGGAGAUUUGAGCAAAAAAUGUCCAAGUUGUGUUAUUGUUGUUGUUGAUAUAUUUGUUUUAUUAUUAAAUUAAAACCUUUCAAACACUAAAGUCAUUUAUUUCCUCUGAUCAGAUUUAUUUUAUUGCCGUUCGCAUUAAAAGUGGUCAUUUAACUUGCAGACAAAAAGUCCAAACCCCUCAUUUAAAUUUAAAUAAAAAAAAUGUAAAAAAUCUACAUAAAUAU